GUAAGAUUGUGCGUAUCUGACUUUUGGCGGGAGUUCAACCAGGAAGUGAUGUGGACCUAACAAGACUUAUAUAUAUAUGAAUAUGGUAUAACAUGGUAGUAGGAUUACAUUAUUGGUCCCAGAACUCUCCAUCAAGCGUGUGACAAUUAAAACAAGAUGAAGGGCAAUAUUUUCCUACAUGUUGUGUUGUCUUGGCUGCUGUUAGCUGUAUCAGCUGACACUGAGGAUACUGAACCCAGUAUUGAAGUGGACGGAAAUGGAUACCUCAUAUUCUGUCUAUGCAUGGGGAGAUUUGGAAAUCAAGCAGAGCAUUUUCUUGGUGGCUUGGCGUUUGCAAAAGCCGUGAACAGAACACUAAUUCUGCCAUCAUGGAGAACAUAUAAAAACAUCCCCUUCACAGACUGGUUCAAGAUUGAAAAACUAGCUCAAUACCACAGGGUGAUACUUGCAGAGGAUUUUAUGCGGGACCUUGCCCCCACAGUGUGGCCCCCCGGACAGAGGACCGGGUUCUGUUUCUCCUUUGAUGAGAACACAGAAUGUAAAAUGAAGGAAGGUAAUCCAUUUGGACCAUUUUGGGACGAGUUGGGUGUGAACUUUGACUCCAUGAAGGCUUUCACAGUCGCUUAUCAUGAACCAGAGCGAUGGGUUCAAAGAUUUUCACCUAGUGAAUACCCAGUCGUUGCCCUGAAGGGAGCACCUGCCUCGUUUCCCAUGGCAACAGAACACCGUGCCCUGCAGCAGUACAUGGAGUGGUCUGACAGCAUUGUUGAACAGGGGCAGAGGUAUAUACAGCAAAACUUCCCGGGGCGAAAAUAUGUAGGGAUACAUCUCAGGAAUGGUCCAGAUUGGGAGAAGGCUUGCGGUCACCUUGAAGGUGGUUUGUCAUCAUUUAUGGCAUCUCCGCAAUGUAUCAACCCUCGGUCGAGCGAGAAGGUCACUCAGGAAAUCUGCUUUCCAUCCACAGACAUUAUUCUCAGUCAAAUUAAGGAGCACGUAGAAGAGACAGGCGCUACAGUUGUGUAUGUAGCUACAGACAAAAACCCUCUUAUACAUGAGAUAGGAAGUCAUUUGGCAGAUCUGAAGGUGUCGGUAUUCCACCAAGACCCCUGGCUUCCCCAGUUGGACCUGUACAUUCUCGGUGAGGCGGACCACUUCAUUGGAAACUGUGUCUCCUCUUUUACCUCAUUUGUAGCACGUGCCAGAACUGUACACAAUAAACCAACAUCAUUCUGGGCAGUCAGAUGAUGCAGGUUAUCAUUCUAGUAUUUUACUAUUCUUAAUGCUGAAAAUGUGUGUUAAAGUGUGAUUUUGUUGUGAUUAGUGCCAUUAUUGAUUUGUGAAUUUUAUAAAUAAAAGACUAGAAGU